UAUUAAUGAGGCCUGCAGGUGUCGCUGUUUUGCCCCUGGCUCCUUGCAGCAGGAAACACACUCUCAUUCACAGAGAGUGAGAGGCAUCAGCACUCUGCACUGCACACUCCCACCAACACACAUUUCAUUGUCCCAAAGCCUGGAAAGAGGGGAUUCACCGGACACUUCUUCUCCUUUCUUAAAUCUGAUUUAAAAUGAAGGAUUUUGCUCUUUUGUUGCUUUUAAACUGACACAUUUCCAUAAUCAUGACCCGGUAGCUUGAACCCGGAUCUGCACCGGCUUUGACUGAGCGACACCUGCUCACACACUCUCUCUCUCUCUCUCUCUCUCUCUCUCUCUCUCUCUUUCUUCUUUUCCUCUCUCUAUUGUCUCUGGCAUCUCCGCAGCUCGCAGCCAGCAGCGCCGAGGAGGUGGAGGAGGAGGAGGAGGAGGAGCGGGGUGUACCUGACACCUACUGCCGCGAGUCGCAGCUCUGUUCUCCCGCAGAAACACCCCGGAGUGGCCGCCACGGGUGCCUCCUGCUCUCGUGUGUUAGUUAACCGGAGCUCUGUGCAGUUUGAACGGGGGAACUGUGCUUCAGCUGACAGACUGAAAACUCUUCAACAUCAACACUGCAACAAAACACAGUGACGACAGGAACCCUCUGUGAAGUCCUGCCUGAUUCACCCGGACCCCAAAUCUUCAGGAUUUUUUCUGACUGACUGUAAUUGUAAAAGAAAGAAAAAGGACUACACCUCAGAAGAUGCGUCUCCCGGUGCUUCUCUGUGUGUUGGUGUGUCUGUGUGCAGCACCGGGCCCGGUGGCCGGGGCGGACAAAAGCUGCUCCGACCUGCGGCAGUUCUACACCGGGAAAGGGUUCACUCUGACCGAGGUACCUCAGACCGAGAUCUCCGGUGAACAUCUGAGGAUGUGUCCCCAGGGUCCGACCUGCUGCACCAGCACCAUGGAGGAGAAUCUGGCCGGUCUGACCGCCCAAGAGACCGAGGGACUGAUCAGAGAGGCCGGCAGGUCGCUGCAGGCCGCUUUCAACGCUCUCCACAGGAGCUUCGACACCUAUUUCACUGAGCUGCACAGUCACUCAGAGCGCUCCCUGCAGGAGGCGCUGUCUCCACUCGGCCCUCUGUACUCCCAGAACACCCGUCUGUAUGGCGAUCUCUACACUGACCUGCGACAGUACUACCGGGGCUCUGCUCUCAACCUGGACGAGACCCUGUCUGAGUUCUGGUCCCGCUUGUUGGAGCGCACAUUUAAAUCCUCCGCCCCUGCAGAGGUCAGCCUAUCAGAGGACUACCUUGAAUGCGUUGCUAAGCAACAGGAGACGCUGCGGCCAUUUGGAGAUGUCCCUCGGGACAUGAAGGCAAAGGUGAUCCGGGCUUUUGUCACAGCCCGGUCGUUUGUCCAGGGGCUGAUAGUCAGCGGAGAGGUGGUCAGGAAGGUCUCUCAGGUUUCCCUGAGUCCAGAGUGUAUGAAGGCUCUCAUGAAGCUGGUUUAUUGCCCUCACUGUCGCGGCAUGGCCUCGGUCAAACCCUGCUCCAACUACUGCUCCAAUGUCAUGAAGGGCUGCCUGGCCAACCAAGCCGACCUGAACCCGGAGUGGCAAAACCUCAUAGACACCAUGAUCCAGGUGGUGUCCAGUUUCAGCACAGAGCCCAGUCUCGACGUGGUUCUCGCCUCCAUCCCUGCUCGAAUCUAUGAGGCUGUUCACUACCAGCAGCAAAACAUGGAUACGUUCACAGCAAAAGUGUACCAGAUGUGUGGAACUCCAGGUGAACCAGGGACAGGAAGUCCCGCCCUUCAUGAGCAGAGGAGGAAGAGCGGCUCCCUGACCGCCUCAGAAUACAAACCCUCCCCGACUGCUGGACUCAGACUGGAGAUGCAGGUAUCAGACCUCUCCAGUAAGCUGAGGGAGAUGCGACAGUACUGGACCCAGCUGCCUAUGGCACUUUGCAGCAAACUGGCAGCAGGAGGUGCCAGUCAGGAUAAAUGCUGGAAUGGCAUUACCAAAGCCAGAUAUCUCCCAGAGGUGAUGGGUGACGGCUUGGCCAGUCAGAUCAACAACCCAGAAGUGGAGCUUGACAUCACAAAGCCAGACAUGACGAUCCGGCAGCAGAUCAUGCAACUCAAAAUUAUGAGCAACAGGCUGAAAAAUGCAUUGGAUGGCAACGAUGUGGACUUCCAGGAUGCGAGUGACGACAUCAGCGGCUCAGGAAGUGGGAUGUGUGUAGGUGGACAGUGUAGUCGGAGCAGACCGGGAUUGUACGCCUACUCGCCAGACAACAACCGAGUUAGAGGCGCAGCCACGUCCCAAACCUGCCUCUGUAGCCUCCCGCUCCUGCUCCCAUUGGUCAUCCUGCUGCUUCAGCGAUGAUGGACCGCUGCUGCUGCUGCCUCCAGUCAGACUCUGAUGUCUACAGCAGGGCUGAACCUUGGGACAGACAAAAAAAAAAGGGGGUUUGGUGGGGGGAAGAUUGGAAAGUAACUUUGCCAAAAAAUUGAAAAAGACAUUUUGGGGAGUAAAUGGACAAGAUUUUCUUUGACCGAGAGGAGCAAAAAUUGACAGUGACAAUACUCUUUGUUUUGUUUUGCUCAGUCUUAAUAUGUCUUAGUGUGAGUGUGAUUCAGUUUGUUGUGCUGGUUUCAGUGGAUUCUUGGGAUGAGAAUUAUGAGAGAAGAAGAAGAUGAAGAAGACAAAGAGAAUGAUGACCUUACAGUGAUGAAGAUGAUGAGGAUAUGGAUAAUGAUUUAUUGACUUUCUAUCAGGUCCAUUUAGCUCCAGCGUCCAGUCAGCAGGUGGCACAGCUCAGUGAAAAAAAAUGCUUAGUGCCCAGAUGUGUGGUGCGUUCAACAACACUUUUUUAUUUUACUUUAUUUUUUAACUCGAGGUUGUCUACCUUUACAAACAUUGUGUAAGCUGUAAAUGUUUGUGUACAUUAGCUAAAAGACUGGCACCAUAUUCAGCCAUGAAUGUACAGUAUAAUACUAUAUUGGCAAUGAAUCCCCCAUAAUCUGUGAUGUAGUUGUCCAGAUGUUUUUGGUGUGUGUUGGCAUAAACAGAUACAUUCAGUACGAUUCGUCUGAAAUACUAUUGCAGAUAAAUUAUCACACUCCUGAAAUGUAUGAGAUGUUGUGAUUGCAAGAUUUUACCUCACUUUGACUGUAUACCCAACCAUUUCAAAAAGAAAAAGGAAACAACCACUUUUUUAACAACUCAUCACCUUUGUAAAGAAAUAAUCCGUCUCAUCAAAGCACAGACUAGCAGUUUCGUUAAGUACAUCGGACAUUUGUGACAUCACUCUCACCAGGUUUUGUAACUGCAAAAUGUUAAAAAAAGAAAGAAAGAAAAGGAAUCACUAUAAAAAAAAAGAUAAGGUUUUCAGUUUUUGUACAUACAGUACAGGAGAUUUGCAGAAUAUUGACAACAUGUGUACGUUAGCCUGGUGAUACAUCACUGACUCGGCAUGCCUCUUUUUCAGUCUACACCACUAUACUGGUACAUAUGGGACUUCUAAUUCACACAAAUGGCAGACCUCUUGCACACACAUUUACACACACUGGGGUUGUGUAUUAAGCUGAUUUUUAUUCAUGAGUGUAUUGAAUCUCACAUUUCAUUCAUUAAACUCUGUUUGAGUGUUGCAGUGGAUUUUGCCAUGGACCGUUUGAUUUGGUUAUUAUUCAUUUACGUCUAAUAAAGAAAUAGUUCAACAGUU